AUGGAUAUGGAUGAUAUGUGGUUUGCAUGCUUUCUAAUUGCUAAUAUCAGUACAUCACCUUUAAUUAUUGCUUCAUGUAAAAAACCGAGUGUUAAGCGAAUAGAGGCUACUGGUGAUGCGCCAAUUCCGCAAUAUGGGCCGGGAAUAGUUUUACACGAACAUUAUUUAUAUACGGUUGGGGGAACAACUGGCUAUGAUUACUCUUGUGAUGUGCAUCGCUUAAAUUUGCGCACACGAGUGUGGGAAUGCGUAUAUAUCUGUCGUCCAGAUAUACGCGAAGAUCCAGAGGGUCGUUAUCGUCACGAAGUUGUCUACGAUGGGCAAUACAUAUAUGUGCUGGGUGGUGGUACGUCGAAUUUAGUGUAUGAUUUACAACGCAUCCCUGCAUUUAAUUUAAUUACAAACCGAUGGGAAUAUUUCGUCACAUUACCCGAUCGAACAUCACAAACAAAUCUAACAAUCGAGCGACAAAAUUCCGGAUAUCCAAACCCACGAAAGUGCUUUUCCUGCGUACAGCACACGAAAUCGAAUGGUGAGGUCGAAGCAUUCAUUACGGGAGGCUUGCAGGCCGAUCAAGUAUAUUUUUCAGAUAUAUGGAGAUUAAAUUUUACUACUAAGCAAUGGACACUUAUAAAAACAGCCUCUCUACCAAAAGCUUUGUACUUCCAUGCCGCAGCGCACAGUCAAAAUGGUUGUAUGUACAUAUUCGGUGGUAUUGAAUAUGAUGAAAAACGUAUACGACGGUGCAAUGACCUUUAUAAAAUGUGGAUGACCAUACCAUUAUUAAGUGAAAUUUGGUGGGAGGCAGUGUUACAUUACAGACCAAAUCUCAAAUUGAAUGGCCACUCACAGCUGCUUAAAAUGGGCAUACCAUUGCGCUUUGCACAGAGAUUGUGUAACGAGCAAUAAGAAGCGACAAUUUUUAUGUUUCAUUCUAGACAUAAAAGCAUAAUUAUUGUUUGCUAACCAUUUAGGAAUGACAUAGUUUCAUAUGGAAGAAAUGGAACCAAAAGAAUAAACAUAAUAAAAUAAGACAUUAAUAAUGAGUAAAAAUAAAAAAAGCUAAUUAAUAUGAAAAUAAGAGUAAUUAUUUUUAUACGCUACAUAUGUGUACGAGCAGUUGUGGCGAUUUUUUUUACAAUAUGGUUCAUACACUGUCAAUGGAUGCUCAGAUCACGAAUUCUAGAAAAUUGUAUCAUAAGAGUGGAAGCAGGAUCAAGUGGCCAAUCGGGC